AUGAUGUUGUUUCUCUCUUUUUUCAGGAAUUCCAACAGCAAAAACGACCGGAGGAACCGCACGUUCAAGGAGGCCGAGCGCAUUGCUUUCAUUAACAUCCUUUUGGUUUUCUAGGCGGUCAGUGCAUUAGCUGGAGUUCAGGACCAGCUCAUUGAGAAGCGAGAGCCAGGCAGUGGCACAGAAAGUGACACUUCUCCAGACUUUCACAAUCAGGAGAAUGAACCCAACCAGGAGGAUGCUGAAGAGCUGGAUGGGUCUGUGCAGGGGGUGAAACCUCAGAAAGCUGCUUCCUCUACUUCUUCUGGGAGCCACCACAGCAGCCACAAAAAACGGAAGAACAAAAAUCGACACAGCCCGUCUGGCAUGUUUGAUUAUGACUUUGAGAUUGAUCUCAAGUUAAACAAAAAGCCAAGAGCCGACUACUAG